AUGCGGAGCCUUCGCCGAACCCGCAGCCCUAGGGACUGCCCCAGCUCUGCCCCACCGUUGCCCGUUCCUCCUCCGGUGGCGCCCGCCCCAAGGCAGGAAGGAUCCGCACGCGCGACGCGAUCGGGGUCUGCUGGUCACCGUGCCAAACCCCAGGCCGAGAUCUGUGGUGUCCUCCAUGAAGCAGCAGGCGGUGGAGGAGCUGCUCCGGUGGUUGGAGGAGCUGGAGCAGGCAGAGGACCCAUGGAUGCUAUGAUGGUAAGCACUGUCUACCAGGCUUCUGAUGCCUCAUGUGAUCUACUUCUUGGCACAUCCACUGGUUAA